CGGCUAACAGUAGACGUUAAUAUAAGAGAAAAAUCGAGGUGUUGGCUAUUUUAGCUCGCAGUUUUCAUUUCUUAUUGACGCUAAACCAUAUUCCUGUAAAAAUGAGAGAAAUAGUUCACCUCCAGGCCGGCCAGUGCGGGAACCAGAUUGGCGCCAAGUUCUGGGAAGUGAUCUCUGACGAGCACGGCGUCGACCCAACCGGCACCUACCACGGCGACUCUGACCUCCAGUUGGAGAGAAUCAACGUCUACUACAAUGAAGCUACAGGAGGCAAAUAUGUUCCCCGUGCUGUGUUGGUCGACUUGGAGCCCGGAACUAUGGACUCCGUGAGAUCCGGACCUUUUGGUCAGAUCUUCAGACCAGACAACUUCGUGUUCGGUCAGAGCGGUGCUGGUAACAACUGGGCCAAAGGUCACUACACAGAGGGCGCUGAACUCGUAGACUCAGUUCUUGAUGUUGUCCGCAAGGAAGCUGAAAGUUGCGAUUGUCUUCAAGGAUUCCAGCUGACACACUCACUGGGUGGCGGCACUGGUUCCGGUAUGGGCACCUUGCUUAUCAGCAAGAUCCGUGAAGAGUAUCCAGACAGAAUCAUGCUCACAUUCUCAGUUGUCCCAUCACCAAAGGUAUCAGACACAGUGGUUGAGCCUUACAACGCUACCCUCUCAGUCCAUCAGCUGGUUGAGAACACAGACGAGACAUACUGUAUCGACAACGAGGCUCUGUACGACAUCUGCUUCCGUACCCUGAAACUGACCACCCCAACCUACGGUGACUUGAACCAUCUGGUGUCUGCUACCAUGUCCGGAGUCACAACCUGUCUCAGAUUCCCUGGUCAACUGAACGCUGAUCUUCGUAAACUGGCAGUCAACAUGGUUCCAUUCCCACGUCUCCACUUCUUCAUGCCAGGCUUUGCUCCACUCACCUCCCGUGGAAGCCAGCAGUACCGCGCCCUGACAGUCCCUGAGCUCACCCAGCAGAUGUUUGAUGCCAAGAACAUGAUGGCUGCCUGCGAUCCACGUCAUGGCCGUUAUCUCACUGUUGCUGCCAUCUUCCGUGGUCGCAUGUCCAUGAAGGAGGUUGAUGAGCAGAUGCUGAACGUCCAGAACAAGAACAGCAGCUACUUCGUCGAAUGGAUCCCCAACAACGUGAAGACAGCCGUCUGCGACAUCCCACCACGUGGUCUCAAGAUGUCUGCCACCUUCAUCGGCAACAGCACCGCCAUCCAGGAACUGUUCAAACGGGUCUCCGAGCAGUUCACCGCCAUGUUCAGGAGAAAGGCUUUCCUCCACUGGUACACUGGUGAGGGUAUGGAUGAGAUGGAGUUCACUGAGGCAGAGUCCAACAUGAACGACUUGGUCUCUGAGUACCAGCAGUACCAGGAUGCCACCGCCGAGGAGGAGGGAGAGUUUGAUGAGGAGGAGGGUGAGGAGGGAGAAGCUGCCUAAACCAAUCUACCUCUUGCCAGAAUGACAUUUGACAUUAACAUGACGUCAGCGUACUAUUAUCUUUAUGUCAACAUCAUAUUAAUAUGACGUCAAUAGAUGCUAUGCAUUUAUAAACAUAACAAACGUUUAAAAUAUAGGUUACCCCAACACCCCAAAAAUAAAUAAAAUCAGGUUUUAAAUUCAGCAAUAGAAUAUGAUAUACGCAAUGUGCAAGACCUUUUUAUUACGAUUUUUAAUUCUGGAUCAAUAUUUUAAAUUUCUUUUACAUUGAUUUAGAUCUAUUUAUUUAUUUUAAUUUAUAUAUUUAUAUAAUCUUUAAUAAAACAUUCAUUUUUUUUACAUGAA